UGAGCAAGAGGACUGAGGGCAGUACACAGCAGCAACCAGCUCGAAGAGUAACAGAGAUGGCGUCGCAGCAAGCGGAGAAGGCGGCGGAGCUGCAGGACCCGCGGGUCCGGGCGGAGCUUGACCGGCGCGUCCGCGAGGAGGGCGAGACCGUCAUCAAGAGCGGCGGCGGCGGCACCACCCUGGAGGCCCAGGAGCGCCUCGCCGAAGGGCGCAAGAAGGGAGGGCUGAGCCGCACGGCGGAGUCCGGCAACGACCGCGCCGAGAGGGAGGGCGCGGCGGUGCGCGUCGAGCCCGACGAGAAGCAGCUCGAGGAGGCCAAGAAGAGCAUCGGCGGCGGCUGAACGCGUCAUCAACCGUUUGACAAACCACCGUAGUGUCACUAGCUAGCGUGCGUGUAUCGAUCGGUAUGGACAUGUAGUCUUAGUCUAGUUAGUAGGUUUGCUAUUUGGUUGCCAUGCGUAUGUGCAUAUGUUAGGAAUGGUCGAAGGCUACAAAAUUUUGGUCCCUGCAUUGAGGCCAUCGCCCUUGUACACAAGCUAAGCUUGGAUGAAGCUACCAUAUCCCCUCUGGCUGCAACAUUUUGGUGCUGCGCAUCUCCUUCAACACAUGUGGCUGUAGCUUUGAGCCCAAUUAUA